AUGUUAGAAAGUAUAGAAUUACCUAUAUUGAUAAUUGUUGGUCCAUCAGGUUCAGGGAAGACAACAUUGAAUUCUAGGCUUAUAAAAGAUUAUCCAGAAAUAUUUGAAUCGAGUGUGAGUUAUACAAGUCGUCCAAUGCGUAUUGGUGAACGUGAUGGUGUACAUUAUACAUUUAUAUCUACAGAAGAAUUUGAUCAAAUGUAUGUAGAUGAUGAAUUUGUAGAAUAUACAAACUAUGUAGGAUCUAAAUAUGGUACAGCACGUUCAGAAUUAAAGCGUAUACAAAAUUUGGGUAAAGUCCCAGUAUUAGAAAUUGAUAUUAAAGGAUAUAAACAAUUAUUAAAUGCUAAAUUAAAUUUAAAAGGUGUAUUUAUUGAACCACCAUGUCUAGAAACUUUAAGACAACGAUUAAUUAAGAGAGGUUGUAAUACUGAAGAAUCCAUUAAUAAACGUGUUGAACGAGCUAAUCAAGAAGUCGAAGAAUCUUUGAAAUGUCAUUUUGACUUCAGAUUACCAAAUGAAAAUCUUGAUGAAGCUUAUAAUUCUUUAAUUAAUAAAUUAUCUGAAUGGUAUCCAAUCCAUAAAACAUAA